CCUAAGUCAGAAGACAUGAUUCUCAAUGUGCGGACCAAGAGGUCUAAGAGUCCAGGCUUCACCAUGGCAACCAAAACGGUGACGUUCCGAUGCCGGGAGGAGGAGGAGCGCCAGAUGUCGCAUAGCGUGGAUUUGUCCUCGCAGAUUAAGAAGAAGACAUUUACCUCCAGUGAUGAAGAGGCCUCCUAUUCGGAGUUCUAUCCUAUCAUCUCGGCCGACCUCAUGUCCGUGAAGGAGCUCCUGAACGUCGGCGAGUUCCCACGUCAUAGGACAUGGGAGGUCCUGAAGCAGACCCUUGACACAGAUGAGCUGCGGCAGAGGGACAAGUGGACGCUGUUCGGGAACGAGGCGGAGAAGGUGGAGGUGGAAGUGAUUCGGAACCAGCACACUGUCAGGAAGCGGGCCGACCGUCUGGCGCUGCGCCAAGAGGCGGAGCGAAAGGCUUCGAUCCACAAGAAGUUUCUGGAAGACCUAAGCAUGAGAGGGCCAGACUUCCCCAUCCCCCUGCGUAAUCACGCCGUGUGGGAGGGCAUGGCGGUCAAGCUGUCCUGCACUAUGCAGGGCUGUCCCAGCCCUCAGGUCACCUGGUACAAGGAUGGAGUUCCUCUUGGGCAACUCCACCAGCCCUGGAACGUCAAGGUCCAGCAAACCCACGGCCUCAACACUUUGGAGAUACGGAGGGCCUCUGUAAACGACGCUGGGGAGUAUAAAGCUGUAGCCAGAAGCCCUCUGGGUGAAGCCAUCACUUUUGCCACCCUGCUGGUGAAAUCGUAUAAAGGUGGCAAGACUGGCUUGGAGACCUCCAGGAGUCUGAGGCCAGCUGUGGAGGAGGAGGCCCGGAUCGGCUUGACCUUCCCCCCGACCUUCGCCAUCGAGGGCGAGGCACUCAGCCUGAAGUGUGACUUCACUUCCUCGCUGCUGGCCUCCCAGCAGGAUGUGACCUGGCUGAAAGAUGGAGCCCCGCUGCGGGCAAACAGCAAGGUUGAGUUGCAGACGGCCUUGCGCUCCUCCAGCCUGACCAUCAGGUCCAUCCACAAGGAGUUGGAGGGCAUUUACACCGUGCGGCUGCGCACCUGUGACGGCUUUGAGGAGCACAGCGCAUACGUCUACGUCAAAGAUGGGGUGGCGGCCACGCCGGGGGCUCCAGGCUCGCCCAUGAAUGUGCAGUGUCACGACAUGAACAAGGACUACAUCCUGCUCACCUGGACGCCUCCCAGCGCAGAUGGGGCCUGCAAAAUCCAGGGCUACUAUGUGGAGAAGUGUGACAUUGGCGUGGGGGACUGGGUACGCUGCAACGAGACCCCACAGUGGGCCUGCUGCUACCCCAUCAGAGGCCUGCUAGAGAACACCAUGUACCAGUUUAGGGUCCGAGCGUUGAACCAGGCCGGAGUAGGCCGCCCCUCCAAGGCCACGGAGCCCGUCCUUACCUCAGACCCAGCUGAGCCCGGCCGCAGGAUGGUGUUCAAGGUGUUUGACGGGAAGGAGAUGGUCAUCACCAAGGACGAGCUAGAAGGUGAAGUGCGGGUUCCGCUCCCACCCACGGAUGUUCAUGCCUGUGAGGCGAGCGAGUCCUUUGUGGUGAUUGGCUGGACAGAGCCGGAGCCCCGAGGCCGCGAGCCACUCACCUUCUACGUGGAGCGGUCGGUGGCGGGGCACGACAGCUGGCACCUGGCCAGCCUGGGCCAGACCGUGGCCUCGCCUCGUUUCGCCAUCUUCGACCUACAGAAGGGCAAGUCCUACUGCUUCCGCGUGCGGUCCAUCAACAAGUAUGGGGUGAGCGACCCCUCACCACCCAGCGAGCUCAUCUCACUGGGGCAGCCAGUAGCGCCGCCCUGUCCGCCCCACGGCAUCCAGGCACUGAGGGACACGGACACCUCGGUGCAGUUGCUGUGGAAGGAGCCAAAGGCCACAGAGGGCAUCUUGGGCUACUACCUGUACUACUGUGAAGCUGGGACCGAGAACUGGAGGACGGUGAACAAUAAACCAGUCACCAGCAGCAGGUUCACCAUCCAUGGGCUCACCCCCGACAAGAUGUACGUCUUCCGGGUGAAGUCUGUGAGCCGGGCGGGUAACAGCGAGUACUCAGAGGAAUCGACUGCAGCGCGGGCGAAAGCAGCCCUGUGUGUCCCAUCCAGGCCAUCAGCCAUCGUCCUUUUGAACUGCACCGGGACUGAGAUGGUGAUUGGGUGGAGGGCCCCUACCAGCAGGGACCCAGUCAGAGGAUACUAUUUGGAUCAGACUGACACAGCAGCGGCAGUAUGGCGUGAGGUCAAUACUCAGCCGGUGAAAGAGAGGACCUACAGGGUCAGCGGCCUGCAGAUGGGGCAUCGCUACCGCUUCCGGGUUUUUGCGACCAACGUCGUCGGCUUGGGGCCGCCCUCGGAGCCCAGUGACGUGUUCCUGUGUGACCCAUGGACCAUGGAUGAGCCAGGGUGCCCCUAUGACCUGGUGUUCAGAGAAGUGCGCAUAACAUCACUGGUCCUGCUCUGGGAGGGGCCUAUGUACGAGGGGCGGAGUCAGGUCACAGGGUACCUAGUGGAGAUCAACAGCCAGGACGAGGCAGAGGGCUGGACUCGGCUGACCCAAGACCCAAUCCCAGACACCCAUCUUAAGGUGUCAGGUCUGCAGGCAGGUAAAACCUACAUUCUACGCGUUUCUGCAGUCAACAAAUUCGGUGUGGGCAUGCCCUCCCUGCCAUCUGAGCCAAUCACAGCUCAGACAAAGCCAGGAACAAAGGAUGUGGAGAUCGGGGUGGACAACGAUGGCUUCAUCUUCUUGGGCUUUGAAUGUCCUUUGGGGACCGAGGCCAGCCAGCUGGUGUGGGCCAAGAACUACACAGAGCCCAUUGGUGGUGGACGGGCACGUGUGGAGCUCAAAGGCAACCGGUCCACCAUCACGUUCCUAAACCCCUCCGAGGAAGACCUGGGCCUUUAUACCGUAGUGAAAGGUGAUGAGCAGGACAUCUCCUCCAGCUACAACUUGACUGCGGAAGAUCUGGAGAAGAUGCAGGAACUCAGCUGGCAAGUCAGAAAUCCACUGAUCGCUCUGAAGACGCCCUGGACGGUGGACGUGUCGGAGCAGGGCUCCAUCCGGCUGUGGCUGCAGACAGAGCCGCUCAGCGAGGCCGCGCAGCUGCACCUCAUCCUGAACGAUCGGGAGAUCACCAGCACCCCGGAGCGCAAGAUUAACUUCCACAAAGCUCGCGGAAUUUUGGAGGUUCUGAUCGACCAGCUGUGCCCAGAUGACGAAGGCUCUUACACUGCUCAGCUUCAAGACGGCCGCGCGAAGAACCAGUUCACCCUGGUCCUGGUAGAUGAAAAGUUCCGUCAGACUCUGGCCCAGUCCGACGCCAAAAGGAAGGACUGGAAGAGAAAGUCGGGACCUCACUUCCUGGAGUUUCUGUCCUGGCAGGUGACGAAGGACUGUGAGCUAAUAUUCAGAUGUCAGGUGACCAACGUGAACCGGGACACCUGCCUGAAAUGGUUCAAAGACGGGGGGGAGAUCAGCAAUACCACUUAUGACCUGAAGACCGGAGUCAGCACAUACACUGUGCCACAGGUUACAAGGAAGGAAAUGGGGGUGUACAGGGCAGUGGUGUCGGACGGCAGAGGAGAGGACGUCAGCACGCUGCAGCUGGUGGAUGAAGAGUUCGAGAAGCUCCAGCAGAGACUCAGCAAACAGUGCGCUCUGUCCGCCGGCCCCCUGGAGAUUCAAUGCACCGCUGUGGGCUUCAGGAUCUCCUGCUCUCUGAAGCACUACCUGGAAUACCUGAAAACCAGCUGGUUCCACAGGGAGAAGCGGAUCGACCAGGACCAGAGAGCCCUGCCCGGCAGCAGCAUGCGGAAGCUGUGGGUGGAGAUUCUCGGCCCCACGGAGAGCGACAAGGGCAAAUACUCCCUGCAGAUGUUCGAUGGGGCUGAGACUCAUACGCGCACGCUGGACCUGUCUGGCCAAGCUUUUGAAGACGCCAUGUUGGAGCACCAGAGGCUGAAGCAGGUGGCCAUUGCAGAAAAGAGUAAGUGGAGCUCAUUCCAUGCUGCCCCCCACUCCCCUCCCCUACCCUGCCUGCAGACUUUGUGCUUAACCUGCUUUGUGGAGGGUGACCCAGCCCCUGAGAUGUUCUGGCUGAAGAACGACCGGGAGCUCUUCUCGGCCGGACAGUACAACAUCUCCAGUGACCACCAGUGCACCACCCUCACCAUCAACAAGGUCAACAUGGAGGACUCAGGCCUCUACAGCAUCUUCGCCCGCAACAAGCACGGCUCGCAGACGGUGAACGUGACAGUCAGCGUGUAUAAGCGUGGGGAGAAGCCGCGGGCCGGCGCCGUGGAGAUGUAGAGACAGAAAGAGUGUUUGCAUGGUGUGCAUCAAGCUGACAGUUUAGAGAAAUGGCAAUGUGGUUUUGUAUGAUUUAGUUAAGAAAGCAGCCUGUCACUGUGUAACCCCACUAGGAAAAUUCAUAUCAAUGUUCCUGAUGUAGAUUCAUGAGGGAAGAUUUUAUACUAUCAUUGAUCAAAGCAGUUUAUAUGGUGGGGGGGGGGUGACAUGGUGGUUAGCACUGUUGCCUCAAACCACUGGGACCUGCGUUCAAGUCUCCAGCUUGGUUCCAUGUGUCUGGAGCUUGCAGGUUCUCCCUACGUCAUCAUGGGGGUUUCCUCCAGCACUCCAGCCCCCCCAGCAAAAAAAACAUACUGAGGUUCAUUGGAGUUGCUUAAUUGCCCAUUGGUGUGAAUGGUAUGUGAGAGUGCACCCUGUGAUGGGUUGGUACCCCAUCCUAGGUUGUUUUCUGCUUCACACCCAUAACCUGCAGGAUAGGCUCCAGACCCCCUGCAAACCUGAAUAGGACAACCAAUUGCAGAAAAUGGAUGGAUGGAUGCAUAGUUUAUAUAGAGAGUACCUAACACCAUUUACAGCCAGAGUAGCUGCUUAAGAAAUCACACAAUGUUUCACCUGAGGAAUGGCGCACUCUAGGCCAAAGACCAUGAGGACCUUCCCACCUCGUCAGGACAUCUGUCACACCCCAGCCUGACACCCUUCCUGCUUUCCAUAGAAGUUUGUUUAUGAUGACAUCAUUAUUGACUAACAUGAAUUGAAUGUUACUGAGCACAUACAGAAUGGGAGACAAGUCUCUGUUGUUUAUGUUUACAACACUCUCAGUCCUCGUGUAGCAGAGGCACGUUUAGCCAAGUUUCUGAAUACGAAGCCAUGAGCGUCUCUGCGUUUUCCCACGUUUGGCUUCUCAUCUCUGCUGUGCAUUUUUCAGAUCAAAUAGGCACCAUGAAGAAGACAAGUGAGCAUUAAUAAGCCCAAUAUUUAUGACUGGCACUUGAUUUCAUUGUAGUUCUGUACCCAUAAAUCCUCUGUGCUGUUUGAGUGAAGACACAGAAAAUCGUGCUUGUGCUGCAAAUAAACUUACAGCUUCUUUCAAACUGA